AUGACGGAUGCAAAGGACAAGAAGAUGUCCCCAACAACACCAAUGGCAGGUUCAGCCUCAGCGUCGGACACAAACGCAGACGAAACCAUGCGCCUUGCCAUCGCCCGCUUCCGUAACCGAAUGGCCACCGCGAACCAAAAGUUUCUCCAGGACCGCAUCAAUGAAAUCGAAGGAAAAGGUCUAGCUACUGAAGAGGAGAAGCGCCGCCAGUUCCGCCAGUAUAAAUGGAUGGACUAUCUCCAAUGGGACGAUGAAGACUCCGAGACGUGUGGGAGGCGCGACAGGAUCCGGAUCCCACAACAGACUCCAGUCAAAGACCUUCAUAUCCCUGCUGUUCUCAACGCCCUGCCGUCCUAUGAUCCGACGGACGGUGUAGUCCUGCCUCUGCUGCGCACGGAGCAGUGGCGGCAGAUGUACCUCGACACAGUUCAGCGUGUGUGCCAGCGGCAGGCGGACGCGAUCGUUGCCGAAAACGACGAGGAGAUUGACGUCGCGUGUAACUUCCACAAAGACCACAGGUCGAUGACUAUCCCCCGAUGUGACGAGCUAGCCCUGUUCCUAAAGUAUGCGCAGGGGGUGGUGGACGUUGAUUUCCGGCGCUCGGGCAUUGCGCCGUUCAUACCGGCUUGGUCGAUCGGAGUCACCAAUGAGGAACUGGACAGGCUUGAUGAGGGACAGAGAUGCGAUAAGUUGGCGGAUCCGGAGCUACUGAAGCGUGAGCAAGAGGGCUUACAGCGGGAACUGGAACAUGAGUUGUCGAAUGACUCGUUGAAGGCGUGCGUCGACGAGGACCUGGAGGUCAGGGCUGGAUUUAUCACUGGUAUUGGAUGUAACCAACUGUACGAAUGCCCAGAGUGGUAUAGUGCGUAUGUGUACUGCCGGCUCUGGACGGAGGGCGACGAGGACGAUGGCAAGUACAAGGAUGAAGACAUCCAGGAUGCUACCAACAUCCGAGACUGGGGGUGGCGGGUGGUUGUCUUCCACGCCGAGAUUGUCAAUCCUAGCGUUCUGUACGGCCGGAAGGCACGCUUUAAUUCUAUUCCAGAAUUUCUGGAUUGGUAUGCCAGCUGGCUGGACCAUCUAGAUGCACGGGGGUUGCUUUCUCUGCGGCGCCACGCUGUAGGCUGUGAGACGGACUGCGAGUCAGACUGUGAGGACCAUGUCACAGGGCCCUACUACGCAGAGAAUUUCUAG